AUGGCGACGUACAGCGAGGAGCAGCUCGAGCUGUACCUCAAGCACAUCAACUACCCGAGGAGCAAGCACCCGGCCGACAGGCUGCAGCUCCUGACGGGGCUCCAGAGGCACCACCAGGCCAGGGUCCCCUUCGACAAUAUCGCGCUGCACUACUCGCCCACGCGGCUCCUCUCGCUGGACCCGCAGGACCUCUUCCACAAGAUCGUGACCAACAGCCGCGGCGGGUACUGCAUGGAGGUCAAUGAGCUGUUCGCGACGGUCUUGAGGACGCUCGGCUUCCGGCUCUAUAGCUCUGGCGGGAGGGUGAAGCACGAGAGAUUGAGCCACAUGGUGAAUUUGGUCACAAUCGAGGGGAAGAAGUACCUAGUAGACGUCGGCUUCGGCGCCCAAGAGGCGACACGCCCCGUCCCCCUCGAGGACGGCCACGAGAUCACCACCAUCGCCCCGACGCGGGGCAGGCUAGAGCUGAAGCACCUCGACAAGCAGGCCACGAAAGGCGACCCGGCGCAGCGCCUGUGGGUGUGGUCGUCGCGGAGGAACGAGGGCGCCGCCUGGGAGGAGAUGUACUCGUUCUCCGAGGCCGAGUUCUUCGCGGAGGACUUCGAGGUCAUGAACUACUACGUCAUGACCAAGCCGCAGAGCUGGUUCCUCCAGGCCGUCAUCGCGUACCGGCCGGUCCUGGACCCCGGGACGGGCGAGCUGGUGGGUGAGCGGAUUCUGCACAAGGAUGUCGUCAAGGAGGGGGAGAGCGGGCAGAACCGCGUCUUGAAGGUGUUGAGGACGGAGGAGGAUCGGGUCAGGGCGCUGGAGAAGUAUUUUGAUAUUUGCCUGACGGAGAAGGAGAGGAAGGGUAUUCGGGGGCUCGUGACUGAACUUAAAGGGUAA